AUGAAAGCGCUUUUACUACUGGCUUUAAUUGUCACAUGUCAUGGAGCAGGAGCUAGAAUUCAUCGCGAAGUGCACGAACAACAGAAACUUGUCCAAGCGGCCUCUUAUCCGUCUCGUCGAAGCUUCGGCAAUCCGACGUUAAUGGACCGCUCCCUGAAGACGAAAUCACGAGUGUUCAGGAAUGCGCAAGUGCAGGUGGAUGAAAAGGAUUCAGAUGAGCCACGCCUUUUUCGGGCUUCUGGGAGGUUCCAGAAAAGAGUGGUUGCCGCAGCACCUCAUCAUGAUGUGACCACCGUUCCUCCUCCUACUACUACUUCAGAUUCAAGUGCAAUGUAUGCCUUUAGCUACGACGAAAGUAGUCACCACAUGAAUAAGAUGACAGAGGAUAACAGAAUAAUGGAAGAAGCCGCGGAAUAUGCCAAAGGCCUCGAGCGGACAACAGUAGCAGUACGAGGCGAUGAGGAGAUGAGAACCACCGUCCCACCACCAAUCAACUCCCAAAAUGUACCAGCUAUCAUUACACCUCGUGCCCAGGCUGACGAACGCAGGCAGCAGUUCAAGCAACCCCCACCAGCUUUUCCUCAGAAGCCACCGAUCGGAAGACCUCAGCAGGACAUUUUCACCAACACCGUGAACACGCAGACGAGUGCGGCCGACCCCAUGCUACCGCCCAAUCGUUUGAUGCCCACGGCAAAUGCCCUUCAGAAUGUAUAUCACCCUCCAGCUCCCAUUCAAGCCAGUGCUCCUGUCAUCCAGCCUUUCACACUGCCACCACCUCAACAGAGCCCCGCGCCCAUCUUUCCUGGACUGAUCACGCCUCAGGUGGCCGCACAGGUCCCACAAGGUAUUGCAUCGUCACAUGGCAGUUCCCUUCUCCAAAAUUCUGCGAAUCCUGGUGCUCCUCAAUUAAACCCCAUGCAACAGCUUCCAACAGGUGUUCAUUUCCCGCAAGGACAAAUGCCUUCGAUACCGGCCAGGCGUUUCGUAGGACCUUCGCAACCUCCGACACAACCCGCUCUUGUUCUGCCAGCUCAACCUCCGCUAGCUGGGCAAAUUCCACCAGCACAGAUUAUCAACGGUCAAGCUGCUAAUUCUUCUUUGGAGCAGUUAGGGUGCGGUUUUGACUGGCUGACAAACACGUGCAAGGAUGUGUUCGGAAUCGGAUGGUGUGGUCAAUGUCACGAUUUUGGUAACAUUUUCGUCCAUGACUGCAAAUGUGUUAGACCUCUGAUCGCCCUACCACCGCGACAAGCCCCUCAAUCACCACAAAUGCUGUUUAGAAUGAUUUAA